AUGAAAUACGUCAAGACAUUUGUAAAUGAAGAUUAUGAAGGACUUAUUAUCAAGAACGACAUGAUCCGAUUUGGUAGUUCGAUAGAUGGAUUAAAGGUCAACGAUGCUUUAGAGUUUGAUUGCAUACUUCUGUUUGAUAUAAUUGGAAUGAUAGUGUCGAAAGAGUUGAAUUAUAUGAUAAACACAGUUCUUAUUUUCUUUGUCGUACUGCAAAAAAAACCUCCUACAUUCGAUAUCAACAUAACGCUUAACAAAGAGAAAGACAUUACUGAUCUUCGUGACGACAUCAGAUUGGUACAAGGAGUGCAUGUGGCAAUAGAGUCCGAUAAAAAACCAGGCCUUGAUAUUGAUUUUUUCCCAGCAUUUCAUUUACGGAAUGAUCGUGUUCCCAACCUAUAUACUGAAAAAUUACCCCAUGGAUUUGGAAUUGAACAAAUGAACUGUCAAGUUUAUGCUGUAAUGAAGUGGGUACAUCGCAGCACAGAAGCCUCCUCAACGUUUGACAGUGAUUGUUUAUGGAGAGAAUGUACGUCUGGAUAUGAAAAACAGAUACUUGAUAUUUGUAGACGAAACAACAGUCAACGAUACCUUAUGACUGCUUGUCGUUUGCUGAAAUCAUAUGUAGCCAAUCAGCAUAAAACAAUUCAGAUAAGAUCAGUUGCUGCAUCUCAACAUUUAAAGACUAUUUGUUUCUUCUGCGUUACUUUUCUUACAACACCAAGCGACCAUAAUUCACUAUCUUGGUUGAAAGAGGCUCUAGGAUAUUUUCUCUUUUUUCUGGGUCUAUGCAUAGAAAGCAAAAACCUGCCUCAUUUCUUCUUUGGGAAUCCAUGGUUAUGCACUCACUUUCCUAAGAGCUCCUUUGGGCAUGGUCAAAAACAGAAGAACCUUUAUAGCUCUGUUAAAUGGGAAACUUUUAGACAAGCUUCAUUAAGCUAUACAAAUAUGCUAGAUGAUUUGAAAGUUUAUUUGGUAUUUAUUAUCAAUCCAUGGAAUUAA